UUCUAGACAAAAAGUGGACAUGAAAAUUUUUAUUGUGUUAUGUGUGUUUUGGUUGCAUAAGGCUGCAGGAUUCAUAUAUAGUUUGAAUGACACAGAAUAUGACCGUCUACCGCCAAUGUUUAAGCUGGAUGACUUCUACCCGUGCCUACGCGAUCCUGGGGACCGGUACUGCUAUGUCGACGCUAAACUGGUCGCCAAUGGCAGUAGCGAACUGCUUCAUACUUUACAAGAAUACACCAUCGCCAACAACUUCACACACUACGACCACAAUUUAAUACACUGGGGCAUCUGCGUGACCAAAACAUGUCGGUCUUACCUGAACAACCAUACUGACGCAAACGAAGCCCUAGAGGCUUGUCUCAACUCCUCACUGCUACAGACCUACCAGCUUCAAGCACACUUGGUGAAAGAUAAAGUCUACUGCACUGAGUUUGAAGAAACAGCCAAGAUAGAUACUGCAGAGAAGGUUGUUGCUGUAGUUGUUAUAGCGAUCGUGUUGCUGAACGUUCUGGGGACUUUGUUUGAUCUCUGCUGUGUUUCCAAAUCUGUAGGUGGAAGAUUUUUACUAUGUUUCUCUGCGAAACGGAAUUGGAGACGGCUUUUUGCGCCUUCAGGGGAAGGCAGCGAGCCAAGGCUCUCGAGGCUCAAGCUUUUCAACGGUAUGAAGGCUUGCACCACUUUCUUGGUCAUCUUGGGCCAUUCGCCAUUAGCAGCGGUCAUAUCAACUGACAACCCCCACUUCCUUGAAUUGACGUACUAUGACUUCACGUUCCACAUAUUCUACAACGGCAACUUGAUCGUGCAGACUUUCUUCGUCCUGUCUGGUUGUCUGCUGGCCUUCAAUCUUCUCAUAAUGGAGGAGAAGUCACAGCUCACGUGGCCCAAGUUCCCUAGAUUCGUCAUGCUUAGGUGGAUGAGGUUAACUCCAUCUUACGCUGCCGUGCUGGCUGUGAUAGCCACUUGGAUGAAGAGGCUCGGAGAUGGCCCUAUGUGGAAGCCCGUGGUAGGUGUGGAGACAGAAGCCUGCCGUCGAGAUUGGUUCUACCACCUUCUGUAUUUAAACGACUAUGUCGACCACUCCCAGUGCAUGGCGCACACCUGGUACCUAGCAGUAGACAUGAAGCUCACAAUCCUCGGGUUGAUAGUAUUCUGCCUGGUGAAGAGCUGGCGUGGACGGAAGGUCGUCAUUGGUGUGUGGUUCUGGUUGGAGUGCUGGUGCCAGCUGUCUGCACAUACAUGCAAGACUUGAACGCUAUACAUCUCGUGUCGCCUGAAGUUGCUCGCAACUACUUCGUGGAAGACCCGACCUUCAACCAUUUGUACAAGAGGACGCAUACCAACAUGAUGUGCUAUGUUAUGGGCAUGGCCUUGGGCAUGUGGGUUUACAAGACGAUGAAGACAGACUUCGAC